UACAAUACCUAUUACAAUUAUUAUUAUUUUCGUCAAAAUUAAAAAUAGAAAUGUUUAAUAAAUAAUAGGUAUUGUCGGAUAUUAUAUAGUCAGGCUCAGGAUAAUCUUUAAUUUGACAUUGGAACAAAAUUAAUCAUGGUACUAAGUAUUAGUAGACUAUUAAACGAUUAUAUCAUUGAUUAAAUGUACAAUGGUUAUGUGAAAAUAUUAUUUAUGUGUAAAAAUGAACAAUAUUUUUAUAAUUUAUUUUUAUAUUAUUUGCAUAAUGUUAAAUUAUAGUUGUCAUUUUUCUUGUUUAGUUGUUAAUGUUAAAGAUCAGGAUGGUGGUGUAAUAAAAGAAAUAAUAAAUGCAAAUAUAACAGAUGAUACAAUUACAGUAGAAUUACAACUACCCGACUCUACAUUAAUAACUCAACACAUUGAUUUCACAAAGGAAGUUCAAAUAGUACAAGUGUUGUUGCUUGGAGAAGAAGAACGUGGUCAAAAGCCAUAUCAAAUACUUUGUUUUGUCAAUCACGUACAUGCAAAUGAAUUCAUCUCACCAGAUGCAAUGUCAAAACUCAGACAAAAAAAUCCAGGUACAAUUCGAGUUGCAGAAGAAAAUAAAGGCGUAUUUAAUGUUACAAUAGAUAUGAAAAUUAAAUUAAAAGAUAGUAAUUAUAUAUCACAACAUGUUGGAUUAUUAUGUUCUGAAGCACAAGAUACAACUUUUACAAGCAAAGUUGACAUUGAUAAAUGGGCUACUGUGCCAGGCAUGUACUUGGGAAAUUUGUUACAAGCUGUUGAAUAUAUUAACUAUAAAUCGCCAAACUCUAAUUUGAAAUUAUGUCGAGAUACAGGUAAAGUCUGGUCACACUGUUUAUGUACUAUAAAAGUAACCAUUCCUUGGUACCCUUGUGCAUUAAAAUUCUGCAAAGAUCAUAUUGGUAAAAAAUCAACAGCGGUUGAUAGUUAUCGAUGUGGUAUACAGACAUGUGGUAAAAUUAUGMAUUUUAUGUAUGGUGUUAAACAUAAACAACAUUGUUUGACAAUUGAAUAACACAUUGUAUAAUUAUAGUAAUGUAUUUAUGAGGUAAAUUAAACUUCUCUGAUGUAUAUAAGUAAAUAAAUA